CAUGCAUCAGGAAACCCUGGAAAUACCUGGUGUUCUCACAGCAACUAUAGUGUUGGUAUAUAAAUAGUUUGUCUACAAAUAUAUAGGAUUAACGGUUCCAUACUGGGACAGCGUGACUACAUAGGAUUAUCGUGUCUACAUAGGAUGAAAGUGACUACACCUGUAUACAGUAUCUACAUCGGAUUCUACAUUAUAUUAAAAUGUUAGAUUAAAGUAUGAUUGAAGUGUCUACACAUGUAUAAUGUAUCUAGAUAGGAUUUAGGUGUCUACACACGGACAAUAUAGAUAUUACUUGGGUAUCAGACACUCCUAUAUAGUAGAAACGUGUCUUUACAGAACUUGUAGUAUUUUGUUUUCACAAUAUAUAGGAGGUAAUCGCCUGCUGGAAAAUAAAGUGUCCUGUGUAAACAGCGUGUAUAUGCAGCUGAUUUAACGGAAAUAACGCGUUUUCAUGGAAUAAUAGAAUACUUUGUACAUGCCUGUUGGUAUUUGGAAUUGUGAACAAUCUACAUACCGGAUUAUCGAAAUCACAGGUAAUUAACAAUCAGGAACUGGACACCUGUGACGAUGAAGCUGGACAGUGUUACGUUAGAGACCGUGUUCGUCACGUGCUGUGCUAUUCUGUCAGGUUACAAAAGUCAAAGCAUUGGUCGACGGUCAUCGCAAUGUUCUAACCAAGGCGAGCUGGUUAAAGGCCUGUGUGCCUGCUUCCCUGGGUACAGUGGGUACGAUUGUAGUCAACUCGACCCAUCCUUGGAGUUGUCUUGUAUCAAUCCUUAUGCGACGGUAGAAAAGGUGUGUUCCGGGCGUGGUCAGUGCGUGGGUGGUCAGUGUCAGUGUAACAGGCGACGGUCGAGGCGACCGGACAAGUACAGUGGUGAAUAUUGUGAGUGUGACGACUACAGCUGUCCGUUCUACAUGGGAAAGAUGUGUGGGGGUAAUGUGCGGGGAAGAUGUCAGUGCGGGGUGUGUCAAUGUGGGCCCGACUACACGGGCGAAGCCUGUGGUUGUAGCCGUAUGACGGACGGAUGUGUUGCCUCCGACGGGAGCCUCUGUAACAACCAAGGAUCUUGUGUUUGUGGUUACUGUCAAUGUAACAAGGACAGCAUUUACAGGGGCGUGACCUGUGAAGAGAACCCGGCUAAUGCGUGUCAGGACCUGAAGCAAUGUAUCCAGUGCCGAGUUUUCAGGAGUGGUCCCUUGUCAUCGGCCGAAUGUGCUAACCACCCAGUCUGCUCCAACCUUCGGAUACAUUCUGUGGAAAAGUUUAUAGAAUCCCGAUCAGAAUAUAUAUGUGACUUCAAAGACGAAGAUGGCUGUGUUGCUAAGUUUGGCUACUCCUACGAAAAAACUGGCGCAAAGUUCGUGCAGGCAUGGACAGUAAAACAAUGUGAAAGGCCUGAGUAUAAUGAAAUAGAAGAGGCUUUGAACUCGGAGGUUAACCCCGUACAGAGUGACGCACCAACUGGUUUCCAGGAUAACGGAAACUCGAAUAGUAAUGUCGGCGCUGUACAUUCGGUCAGCGUCAUAGCGGCUUUCAGAACCAUACUGGUGGUGUUAAUUAUGUUCUUGUUAUAGUGACAAAAUAUGUUCUGACAGUUAAUAAAUGGCAGGUUAAAAUUUGGAAUUGCUCAUCUACAGACAGUGAUAGAGAGAGUCAGCUGCCGGUAGAGACUACGGGUGAUUCAGGACCAGGGAUAAUAAAAGUUUUCACUCAACUGUAUCCGGUUUUAAUAAGUGAUUUGUGGACGAUUCGGAAUCUCAAAAGAAGACGAAAAACAAAGCCGAUUAACGAUUAAGACCAGAAGAGAACAAUGAUGUUACAUCCUGCUAUAUUCACAAAAAUGAAUUCGGCUUUUACAUGUGUCUCUGACCAGCAGGAGUCUUGGUACUUUGGCUGUGGACAGCACAGGUAUCCGUAUGGGAUUUACUCGUUUCCUUUCAGCCGUUCACCAAGUUCUCAUCUAGUAUUGAUCUCUAUUAUUAAAGUAAUGUUGGAUCGUUUGUGACGUAUGUACUUUAUGUGUAUACGUCAUCAGAAUUGUGAUAAUACAACCUGCUGUGUACCACAUGUGAUGGUUACAGUGUGACGGAGUGCACACGCUAAUGGCUGAUACAGUAUGACGUUCUAAGCAUCUUACUGCUUUUUCACAUUGAAUCAUUGUUCUCUCAUCGGGUAGUUAAUUUGUGACGUAUGACACGUCAUUGCUGAAUCUAUGACAUCAUGCGCCGUUUAUCGUAUAUUAAAACUUUUGUUCCGAGUAUCAUUGAUAUACCACGAUAUGAAUACAUCCUGGACUGUGUAUAUAUACCGUAAUAUUACAUUUGUGGUGUGUUGUGUUGUCAUCUUCGCAAAUAUUAAGACGUUAUAUGGUGUAAUUGUGUCCACAUAGAUAUUGUGUUGUGAUCCUAUUGGUUUAAAUAUCAUUGUAACUGCUCCUUUCAGACGUGCUUUUUAAAUGUCAUCGUAUACAUGUUUCGACUUCCACAUCUAGAAAUGGAGAGGUCAAACAUAUCCUAGUAUAGAAUAUAAAGUCUGGAUAAUCAAAGUACUGUGAUUAUCGAUUUCUACUUCGACCCUAUGAACAUUCUUGUCUCUAGUUGGAGACCAAGGUGUACCACCCAACAGAGGAGGGUGUUACUGAGCAGAUAUAACUUUGCAAAGGUCUUUUCAAUAUGGCUUUCACUAGUAAUUUCACUGUAACAUAUUUCUGUUUGUGAUUGUUACUGUGUAUAUGUGACUUGUGUGUGAAUGUUACUGUGUAUAUGUGACUUGUGUGUGAAUGUUACUGUGUAUAUGUGACAUGUGUGUGAAUGUUACUGUGUAUAUGUAUAUGUGACGUUUGUGUGCGGAUGUUACUGUGUACACGUAGAUGUGACGUUUGUGUGCGGAUGUUGCUGUGUACACGUAAAUGUGGCGUUUGUGUGCGGAUGUUACUGUGUACACGUAGAUGUGACGUUUGUGUGCGGAUGUUGCUGUGUACACGUAGAUGUCACGUUUGUGUGCGGACGUUACUGUGUACGCGUAAAUGUGACGUUUGUGUGCGGAUGUUACUGUGUACACGUAAAUGUGACGUUUGUGUGCGGAUGUUACUGUGUACACGUAAAUGUGACGUUUGUGUGCGGACGUUACUGUGUACGCGUAAAUGUGACGUUUGUGUGCGGAUGUUACUGUGUACACGUAAAUGUGACGUUUGUGUGCGGAUGUUACUGUGUACACGUAGAUGUGACGUUUGUGUGCGGA